CAUAUUCCUUCACUAAGCCAUGAAAUUCUGUUCCAUAACAUGCUUCCUUUCGCCAAUUCCUUCAAAUUUUUCCUCUGCAACUCCAUCGUCUCUGUUUUUGGAGCAAUAAUCUUAAACUUUUUCAGGUAUGUUUCUUACAUUUAUCGCAACCUUUUCAACUCCGAAUCAAAUUCCAUUGAUUAUGGAGCAAACGCCAUGGAUGUCGGCUCUGUUCUACCAGAAGCACCGACAGAGCCUGUCUCUGUUUUACCGAGCUCAAAUUCAAGCAAGUUUCAGCUCAAACCCACUUCACAAAUCCAUGGAUUCAUGGAAGAAUCACAAACAACCAGCUGUUUUGUUCAACAAUUGUUCUGUGAUCAAACUCCAUGUUUUGAUGAUGGGUUCAUAGAACAAGAACAAGAACACAGAUCCUCUGUUUCAAAUGCGGAAUCUUUGGCUGUAAAUGAUUUGAACGAGGAGGAGAAUCAAGAGAGUUUAGAGGAAUCAAAAGAAACAGAAUCGGACGAGAUCGAGCAUCAAGAUUUGAUCAACCAGCUCAAAAUUGAGCUAAGAAACUCAAGAACAGGGCGGCUUCCAACUGUUCUAGAAGAAGAAACAGAGCCAGAGCCAGAGCCAGAAUCCAUGCGCCUCAUAGCUUUAAAACCUCUAAAAAAUGGUGGAAAUUUCGAACAAAAAGAACAUUUCAAAGAGAUUCAUGGGCUCUACAAGACUUAUACAGACAAAAUGCGAAAGCUCGAUAUCUUCAAUACUCAAACGAAUUACGCCAUCGGUUUUGUUAAGUUAAAAGAACCAGUUUUUCCAAAUGAUGGAAGGAAAUCUAGCCUAAAAUCUCUGUUUUCCGACAUGUUAAGGUCAGGGAGAGCCGACAAGGGCUGUCUAAAACUGAUCAAAGACAUCAAAAGAGACAUGGAAAUGGUCUAUGUCGGACAUCUUUGUCUGUCUUGGGAGCUUCUUCAAUGGCAGCAUAGAAAAGCCAAACAAUUGCAACAAAACGACUCUCAAUUCAGUCAAGUUGUAAACGAGUUUCAACUCUUCUGCAUUCUCAUUCAAAGAUUCAUAGAGGAUGAGCCGUUUAACGGUCCUCGAAUCGAAAACUACGCGAAAAAUCGACGUCUCGUUCGUAAUCUUCUUCAAGUUCCUGCCAUUAGAGAGGAUUGUGUAAAUGACAAGAAUCUAAGUACCAUUUCAACAGCAGAUUUAGUAUCAAUCAUUGAAGAUUCAGUAAGGGUUUUUCGUGAAUUGCUUCAAUCGGACAAGGACAUUGGGAAUUCAGGUAUCAAGUUCAUGUUUCCUCAAGAACAUGUUCAUCGGAUUGAUACCCAAAACCCGUUUGAUGCAGAACUCAUGAUGAUCCAAGUAAGAACUGAUCUAAAAAAGAAGGAGAAACGGCUAAAAGACAUGAUGAGAAGUGGGAAUUGUAUAGUGAAGAAGCUGCAAAGGAUGAGUGAACAAGGCAUAGCGAGGGAUGAAUUGUUGAUAGCAGAGGUUGAGCUGAGAUUGAUAUCAAGAGUGGUGAGUAUGUCAAGAUUAACAGAGAGCCAACUGAUUUGGUGCCAUAAAAAGCUUCACCAAGUCAAGUUUGUUCAUGGAAAGGUUGCUUUAGAGCCCUCUUUUUUGCUUUUUCCUUGUUGAUUUUGGAAAUCAUACCCAAUCUUGUACAUUUAUAUAUAUGUUCUUGAAU